CAAUUCAGGGACAAAACACCGGCCGUGUUGAUCGCCCAUGGGUCGGCCUCGACGGCACCCCGGCACUGGAUAAGGAUUAUCCUGUUGUUUACCAUAAUGAGGGCUGCAUGGCCUGGGUGUCAUUGGCCCGCUGUCCGAUCAUCACAGCCAACAUCACUGGGACUCGAGGUACCGUGUGGUUGGCAUUCCGUCGUCGCUGACCACCCCACGGGUGACCCGACGAUGCUGAAGAUGAUGAUGCUGCUGCUGCUGCUGCCGAUGACAAGGUCGCUGCGGAUGCCCGCCCGGCGUCUCACCCCCAAUUUCCUCAAUUAUUAACCAGCACCCUGAAAGGCUGGCAUUAGCGUCCUUGGAGUCGGGGUGGCUUGAUGAUACUA